GCGCGAUAGUCAACAUGAAUGCCUCACUGGCAGUCUUUAGUCUUUCGUAAACCACUCCCCAAGCUCAAAAGUCGCAAGUGUUAUGUCCGGAGGCGCUUGCAAUAUCCUGUUCGUUGGCGCUGGCGCGAUUGGUUGCUUCUAUGCCAGCAGACUGCAUGACCCUGCCUCCAAGGUCUACGUAUCGUUGGUCUGUCGCUCGAACUACCCUACUAUCGCAAAAUCUGGCGUCAGUCUGCGAACUCGCUCCUUUGGCGACUACCACUUCAGUCCACACGAAGUCUACUCAUCAAUAUUAGCUGCCGCCGAGUCGCCCAAAGCCCCUGCGAACGGCUGGGACUAUGUCGUCGUGACAACGAAAGCUCUCCCAGAAGUCACAGAUGAUUCAAAGGAUAUAGAGCCCCUAGUGCGAAAAAGUGCAGACGGCAAGACUUGUAUAGUGCUUAUCCAAAACGGUGUUGGGGUCGAGGAGGCACACAGGAGCAGGUUUCCCGCAAAUCCAAUUGUCAGCGCUGUCACGAUAGCGAGUGUAGAGCAGAUUGAGCAUGGCCUGAUCAAACAGAACAAAUGGACUCGGAUUAGCAUGGGACCAUACUCGGACGGCCUGGGUGGGAGGACACACGAGAGCGUGGAGCUUGUGCGCAGAGGCACGGAGAACGUAGAGCACUUGGUGGAGCUGUUGACAAGAAUAGGAAAGCUGAGAGAUGCAGAAGCCUAUGACGAGAUCAAACUACAGCAGGUCCGAUGGCAUAAAAUCUGCAUCAACGCGGCCAUGAACCCUUCGGCUGUGUUGUCGGGAGGAGUUGGCAACGCAGAUAUGGUCAUGGACCCAGAGCUCCGGGAGCAUUUGAAGGGCGUCAUGGAUGAAAUCUUCAGAGCAGCUCCUGCGAUACUUGGGCGUGAGUUUCCCGAGUCUCUGGCCAAGCCAGAGCUCAUACUGAAGAGCACCGAGCGUAAUAAAGGCGGCAAGCCCAGUAUGCUGCUCGACUGGGAGGCUGGAAGGCCCAUGGAGCUGGAAGUGAUUCUGGGCAAUCCUUUGAAAGUCGCGCGCAGGCAUAAUGUGGAGAUGGCACGGAUGCAGAGCUUGUAUGCGCUCUUGAAAAUGGCGCAGAGGCAGCGAGCACAGAACAGCCACAAGCAGAAGACAUCGAAGAUAUGAUGCUAGAUUCAGACCUCCUCGACACAUUGCUGACUCGAAUGAACGAUGUCAUGAUGCAUAUUCCCCUUGUGUUCUGUGUCACUAUACGACGCGACCUUGCACACGUGGGAUCAACACGACUCUUGUCACAACGUUGCGGCCCAGGCAAGCUUCCAAUCUCCAGAUUGAUUGUGGUGCUGAUGGACUGUCCGGCGAUGUCCAGUUGCUUACGAGGUUGCGAUAUCCCUCGCGCCAGGCUGCUGUUUGCGAGCUGUUGGCUUGCGAGAUUACUCGUGAGAAGAUUGCUGAAUUGCUUGAAGUCUAUACCCCUCAUCCAGCGAGCGC